AUGGCGGUCCGCUAUUGCAAUCUAUGUGGUUGCCCACUUGCGUUUUGUUCACUUCGUGCACUCUCCACUGCCCAGAGAGGCGAUAACCCUGGCCUUUUGUGGGACGAUACCUGUUCUUGUAAGGGCGAUUCGAGUGAUUCGGACUCUGAUAUCGAGGCCGGACACGCAUACUGGUGCCAGUAUUUACUCGGCUACGACGGUAACAAGCUCAGUCAGGCCGAUAUCGAGUGGCUCGCGUACUGUCGUAUGCUAGUUGUACAAUCACCUUGUCCUGCAAAUCACUACGUGUCCGAUGUCGGUGUCUAUGCUCCAGGUAGUGGUCUGAGGAUCAAUAGUCCAGAUGAAUCGUCUAUGAUGUUGCCCUUCGAUGCGGGAUUCCUCCUGCACGACCGUUGCUGGAGGAUAUUGCUAGCUGUGCACUUUAGGCAAACCCCAGGACAGCCCCUCCAGGUGUCCCGUCUGGGCGAGCUGAUGAGCCAGCACUGGGGCCUCGCUUGUGUUAACUGGGGCGAUGAUUUGUACGAAGGUGCCGGUCUCUAUCAAGAUGACGAGUGGGAGCCUACACCCGGUGUCGAGUGGCUUGUAACCGACCCAUUCAGGUUUACCGACUUCUCGGACUUUGUAUACGACGCUGCUACAGUCUCCGUGCCUAUUGAGGAUCACAACCACGAUUAUCCCUGUUCGUAUACUCCAAAGGACACAGGCGAUGACACCGAGUCAGACCCCGAGAUGGCCCUUGAGAUACACUCAGGAAUGGGAUCAGGUACCACUACAAGGGAGAGCAGCAGCGACCCCUUCAUUGACGACCCUAACUCGCCCAACACGCAAAUGACCCUCGAUCACGAUAUGCACCGUCGUUUGUUUUUCGACGGCAUCCCGUUCAUCGAGGAAUUCUCUAUGGGACUGCGUCAGGUAAUUGAUGAGGUCCUUGCAGAGCCUAUAACCGCUGGAAUCAACUAUGCUCGUCUCGGGGCAAAUCUACGUGAGGCUUCGGCGAUACCUAGUGUUGGCGAGGAUCGUCCUGAUUAUUGGGAGCUUCGGAACAGGGCUCGCAUUUGGAAAUGCUGUGAGCGAAUUAUUGAGAUGAUGGGAUGA